AUGCGUCCAAAACAGGCUAAGCCCAAGCACAUAAGGAGAAAAAACAAGUUAUAUUCACCCAGUGCUGCAUAUAAACUGGUAAAGAAAGAUGAUGUUUCAGUCAGGAAGGCAGCAGCCCUCACCAGAGUGCCUGAAUCUACUCUUAGAAAUAGAACUUUAGGGACUGUGCAUCCAGAUACCACUUCUGCUGGAACUGCACCUCUAUUUGAUCAAUUUCAAGAAGUUAAACCUGUAAAUCACUUUAAAAAGAUGGCUGCAUUUGGAUAUGGGUACACCAGACAAGAGUGUGUGGACAUUGCAAGUGAUUUUGCUGUACAGUUGGGUAAACGGCGUAAAGAUAAACCAUUGACAAUGAAAUGGAUGCGUGGUUUUUUAAAGCGUUGGCCCGAACUGAAAGUACUUAAGUCAAAGGGUCUUGAAUUUUCUAGGGCCAAAAUGGCCUCAAAAGAAGUAGUUUUCAACUAUUUUUCUAACCUGAAAUCUACCUUGGAAAAACACAAUUUGGCUAACAAACCCCACCUGAUUUUCAAUGUCGGCGAAAAGGGCAUUUCUGUGGAACAUAAACCACCUUACAUUGUUGCUGGCUCUUCUUAUACUCCAUCAGCUGUCACUUCUGGUAAAGGAAAGACUGUCACCAUUUUGGGUUGUGGGAGUGCUGCAGGACAAGAUAUCCCGCCUUACUUGGUCUUCCCCGGACAGCGCAUGAGAGAAGAACUGUUACACGGAGCUUCUCCUGGAGCUGAUGGCACCAUCAGUGAAUCUGGGUGGUCAAAUACAUCCAUUUUCAGACACUACAUUGAAAAUCAUUUCUUGAAAUUUGCUCCUGGUCAUAAUGGACAGAAGAUUCUUCUUAUACUUGAUGGCCACAAGUCUCAUGUCAGUGUUGGUUUGUCUGAAUGGGCUCUUCAGUAUGGAAUCAUCAUCUUCAUUCUUCCUCCCCACUGCAGCCACAUUUUACAACCAAUGGAUGUUGGAUGUUUUGGACCCUUUCAAAGAAUUUAUGAUGCACAAUGCCACAAACUAAUCAGACAGUCAUCAACAAUCAUUACUCGAUACAAUAUCUGUGAAGUUGUUUGUCAGGUGUACACUAAAGCCCUCUCAUCUGAAAACAUUCAGUCAUCUUUUCGCCGCUCUGGUAUCUACCCUUUCAAUGUUGAUGCAGUCCCAAAGGAGAAGCUCUUGCCAGCUGAAGUUUUUCAGAGUGAGAGUACUGACACAAUAAAUGAUGCUGACAGUCAAGAAACAGUGGAAGGUGGAAUUAUGGUUGAUCAGUUGAGAACUGAAGAGGACACUAUUAGAGACCUAUUUGAAAAGAAAGAAAAUGAUCUGAAGAAGGUUAAAAGUGAACAUAAAAGCAAACAAAGGAAAACAAUGAGUAAAAUAGUGGCUGGAAAAGAAAUUACUGAGGAAAUAGUUGCCAAGAUGACUGAACAUGAGAAGAACCAAAAGAAACCUAGCCAGAAUAAGCAUGAUAAACUGUAA